AUGUUCAAAUCCUUGAUCUAUGAUCUGUGAUCAAAUUCAAGCAUUUUUUUAAAGAUUAUAGGUUUGUGUGAAUAUUUUCUAUAAUGUCUUCCAAUAUAAUUACCUAGAGAUAUUUUUAAUUUCCUCUCACCUUCUAUGUUUUUUACAAACACAGUGGGCUGCUGGCUGACUGCCACAGCGCCUCUGCCACCGGAUUUAGCAAGUUUUCUUGAGGAAAACUCUGUAGAAGCUUCAUAAAAAAGUUUACUUUUAAGCGUCGUCCUAGAGGAAGACGGCGUGCCCUGAAGCCGAUUCCACAGCAGGGUAAUCUGUUCACCGAAGUUACAUCUUGCUGUGGCUUCUGUUUAACUGCGACACCUUCCCUGAGGGGGCUGGGUGGAGGUAUUGCUGCCAGUUAAUUAAACGUUUUACCCUGUGUUUCUGUGGCUAACUCUGUCUAGAGAUGCUCCAAUCCGAUAAUGUUGAAAAAAAGUCUAGAAUGGGUAUUGGUGACAAGGUGUCUGACCCAUAAGAGCUGAUCUAUUCAGUCUCAUUCUAUGCUCUGUGCAAUAUAAAUAAGAAAAAUAAAAGCCACACACCUCCAGAAUUAAGUUUUUUUCCCUUUAUGUUGAAACAAUUGCCUUUAUUUGAACAUAAAAGUUAUGUUUUUUUAAAAAAUAGUGCCCCCUUGUUCCCUCUUUGUGUUCUGUUUUUGUUUUGUUAUAAAUAGAAAUUGUAAAGAGAAGGAAUUUUAUAAUUGAUCACAGACUGGAACUGUGACCUCGACGUGGAAACAAGCUUUUCUGUAAUCUUCUCAAAGUUUCAAAAAUAAAGAAUAUAAACAAAAAGGAUUAUGUGUUGUUGCAAAGGCAAUUUCAAGUUAGGUGGUCCAGGUGUGUUUUUUGGACAGGUCAGACAGUCGUUGAUCUGUUUUCACGUUGGCCAGGAUUCUCUUGCAGAAUGGAAUCUAUUUUGCUGCCUACAGAAAGUCGCAUAUAUCUUAACUGAGCCUUAGAAUUAGAGUUAAUUCAAACAAUUGCUGACUUAUUCUAAGACCACCUCAAAAAACCUGUCUGAGGAAACUGUCUACAUACUGUGUGUGUAUUUAUCGCUGUCCAGGUGGGAUGGUAUCAGCAACCAUUGCAACAGUUUGGUGAAGCCACUUCAAACCCGCAGCAGAGCAGCAGCACAAACCAAACACUGCCUGCCAUUUCUUAGGCAACAGUCUUCACAAUGACCACUAUUCAAAGUAGUACUGAUGUGUGCCAUAAUAGGAGCCAGGCCCAGAAUUUUCUAUUGUGUCUGCCUGUGUAUGUUGUGUUUGUUUAUCUGGGCAGCAGGCUGAAAUUGACACAAAGCACACAGAUGAUGGAUAGUGAGUGGAUGAGUUUUUCUUUUUGCUUUCUGUAAGUCACGAGGAAUUGACUGCUUUGGAAUUGCACUUCUACCAUAACAGCUCUUCAGCCUCUGUAGCUCGGACCUGACACCCUGAAAUAAGCUAAGCAGAGAAAAAAACCAAGUGCAAAGGUCGAGAGGACCAUUCACAGCAGUUCUCAAGUCUGCAUCAGUUCAUUCAUCUCUCCGUUUCAACACAUAGGUCUCUGGAAACUACCUUAUAACAUGAUGAAAACCACCAGAACUCUGUGCCUGUUUCUGCUGUUCCUGCUCCACCCUGCUGAAGCAGACCCAGCUCUUUCAACUACCACCAUGGAUUUACCCACAUCCCAAGACCAAACAGGCAGCCCAACAUUUACAGCAGAGUCCCACCUCACAGCAACUUACCAUGAAAACCCAGCUGUUGCAAUCAACGCCACUGGUGGCGACUGCUUAAUUGACACUGAGAUGGGUCUCAUUGCCAUUGGUUCAGCAGGAGGAUUAAUCCUCUGCUUACUGGUUACAACAUCUGUGCUUGCAUGUCAGAUCUGUGUCCUUCAGCACCGGGUCUACAUCCCCCGAAGUCGCCGAUCUAACACGGACAUAAGUGGUACUCACUACUGGGAAGCAGAUCAAACAGAGAUAGAAGGGCUGGUUGGCCUGUGUGAUACUACUGUUAUGCUAGAGGAGGUGAGAACAGACGGUACGACUGACAUACAGGAGGCUAAGAAGGAAGCUUGGGCAGGACUUGAUGAAGGGAAAACAACUUCUACUGAACCUGAAGAAAGAGUCUUUCAGAUCCAGAGCUCCAGUUCUAAGGAUUCCUGUUUGGAGGUCCCCAAGGAUUUGGAAGACAUGCCUCUUGUUGUAUAAAAUGGUAACUCACUCCUGUCUAAGCAUACCAAAUUUGUUAUGUUGUCUUUAUUCUUAUUUUUUUAGAAACUAAAGUUAUUAUAAAACGUAAGGCUACUUAGAUAUUAAAAAAUUGGGAUUAUCUUUAGAAUUUAAGAUUGAUUUAAAUUUAAAAAGAAACCAAUAAACCAACACUGAUAGCAGAUUAUAAAUUGUACAGUUUUUGAAAAAGUUUAGCUGUGUCAAAAUAGUUUUUUCACUAACAGAUUCAAGUUCAAAUAUGAAAAAAGUGUUUAUACACAAAGCAAAGUUUGAUGUUUGAGCUGUAUGAUGCUACAGAACUACUUUUGGUCACUAUCAAUUAAACAAAUAAAGGAAAAAGAAAAUACUGAAAACGAAGAAAUAAGUAUGUGAGAUACUCAUGUUUAUAAAAUAUGAGAAAUCAGAAAGAAUAUUUUAAGAUUUCAGUUAGAACAGAGUUCAUCCAGGCCAAAUUAGGAAGAAUUAUUUUGACAUCCCAAUGUGUGCAAUUUUAAUCAAAAACUUCAUGAGAUUGUGGAAGAAAACAACACAUUUUUCCUGUGUUCAUAACAGAACAUCCUGUUUAUAAAGUGACCUUUAACCUCAUCUGACAGUCAAUAAGUGCUUUAGAGUGUAACUCUUAUUCAUACUUUUUCAAACACACUUAUGCAGUUCCUUGUGGAAGCAUUCAUGCCACUUCACAAUUAUGCAGUACUUUGUCUGGUUAUCAAAUAAAUCCUAAUAAAAUAAGGUUUGUGACUAAAACAUGACAAAAUAUCAACAGUUCAGGAGACAAUAAUAUAACAUGCAUUCUCUUCAGAUAGCGCUUUUUUUUUUUUUGAAGUCUCCAGGGUAAAAGGGUAACGGUAUGGAUCAAUGGAAAGUUUGGGGAUCGGUACCAAAUUAGAAAAACUUGAGAUAUGAAAUAAUAUUGGUGAAUGUCACAAUAAUGAUAUGAUUUGUGAUAAAUAAAUCAUUUUUAAAAAAAGCCUUGCAAUCUUUUUGCUUUGAGUUUAUAGCACACAUAGACUCUGGAUAAUGUGUGGUCUUUACAUCUCCUGUAUGAAAAAAGAAAAACAUAGCACAUAAAUAAUUAAGAGUGCACCAAUUGUAGUUUCCUGGUCAAUAGCCGAUUACCUAUCUUUAAAAGCCCUGACCUGCCAAUUCCAAUUUUGGCUCAUAGCAAUAGUUUUCUCUGAAAUGUUGCUAAAUAUAGCAAUUCAGUCGCCGAGUUGGCAACAGUGGGGUGACUAUUGUUAACUGUAAACGUCCAGACAUGACCUGGUGGGCCAGUCUGUCAGUCAUACCUCUAAUCGGAGAGCAGAAGAGGAAAGCAGUUGAUUUUUAGACAUUUGCUGAGGUAGAUAAGAUCGGUGGAUAAUAUCACUUCCAUAUUUAAGCACUGGCCAAUCACUGAUCUCCCAAGAUUAAGGAAAUCGGUGCCGAUAAAUAGGUGCACCCCUAUAAAUAAUCGCACAGGUAUUGCAGUCCAGCCAAGAAUCAAAAAACGUUUUUUGGUCCUUGUGUGUUCACACAAAGAAAUUUUGGUUGGUUAUUCUCUUCACAAGUGCAGAGAAUAAUAUGUGCCAGUCACAUGUAGAACUUAGAAGCACUAAUUUGAGGUGGGAUGUAUAGAAAAGCGCAAGUUACAGUUUUAUGUCAUCAACAGAUGAUUGUAUUUGUUUCUCUCAGCUGAAAUUUUUCCCACACUGGGGCAGAAAAAGUUUCAGUUCUAGGGAAAGAGCUGUCUCAAAGUCUGGUGGUGUGUGUUUUUAAGUUCCUGUACCGCUCUCCAGAAAGAAGCACAAUAAACAGUAUAUUGCCUGGGGAUCUCCAGCUAUACGUCUGGCCUUCUUCUGGAUCUGUUAUCAACAUGUCCACAUGUAGGAUUGGACUUACCAGAACAUAAGUACUCUCUUACUAAGCUGCAGCUGUGCAACAACAAACAAGAAUAAAUUUUUUAAAAAAUCCUAGAAAUCUAAUCAAGAUGGGACACAGCUGAUCUUAUGUGCAGUCAAAGCAGUUCUUAAAAUGCAGAUGAUGUGAAACUGAUGAUCUAUAGAGUUAUACAGAUGUUCAACCAGAACUUCCAAAUAGGUACUUGUGAACAAAAGUUUUGGUACCCCUCUAUCAAUGACCAAAAAGCCCAUAAUGUUCACCAAAAUAACUUGAAAAUGACAAGUUUCAAAUAAAAAUGGACUACCGUGAAAACCAGACAUUGCUUUUGAAAUGUGGCUCAGCAGAAUCAUUAAAAAAAUCAACUAAUGAAACAGACCUGGACGACAAUACUGAUGUACAUCCUCUAAUUAACAUUACCUUAUACUUCUAUAAAGGCUGAAGUCCUUAAACAUCUGCAAAAAAAAUGCUGCAGAUGUUUUAUGAGUGUAUUGCUUUAUUUAACUACUGUAAUCAGUUAUUUUAUCUAUUUUAAUGGGGAAUUCUUACAUUAGUUUUGACAGAAAGUAACUGGAAUAGUCUUUGACAGGAAACUAAAGAGAAGUUCAAUUCUCUUCAGAAUUUAGCUUCUAAAUUUGAAGUUUUGUCUUAGAUGAAAUGACACAACUUUUGUCUUACAUCAACUUUACAUCUAUCUAGUGUUUAGCAAAAUAGUUGGAGAGCACACAUGGUUGUCAGUUUGAAAUGUCUCAUUUCCUGUCAGUGAGGAAAGCGUCGGUUUCAACAUCUCAAAAAGGUGGGGUUAUUUUCUGCUCUUAGUUCCUGCUUUUUUCAGUCAACAUUAUAUGUUAAGCCUAACAGGUUAAUAUUCGAACUAUUAAUACAUCUUGACAACAAACCUGGGUUAUCCUUGUAGAGUCACAGUGUGAAGCACCAGGGGCGUGUAACAGAAGAUCCGAGGCCAAAAUGACCAGCUUUACCUUCAUUCUUUUUCUGCCAAUGGCAGCAAUCAGCACAGUAAAAUCUGAGCUGCAAAUCAUCACCACAGAUGUGACAACAGGCAAAAUGACCCAAAACACCCAGUUGGCAACACGACAGCCAUCAACUUUAGAACAGCUGUCAGAAAUCCCGUCCGUCAACAUUACAACAACUACCAGUGUUGAUAGGACUACACCAGAGGACCCAAGAAUCUCUACUCCUUCACUGCACACAAGUCAGAUGACGCUUCCAGGAAUACUUUCAGUAAAUACUGAGAGAGCAUCAACUCUCACCAGUUCAUCAAAUACACCAACUGUUAAGUCUAACGUUCGGAAAUCCAUAACAACGAAUCUGACUAGUCAGACAAGCCAGCGAAUCAACAAUUCAACAGCACCCCCGAUGCUAAGCAACAUUACACAAAACCGCGGCACACAGAGAAUAUCAACCUCACAGACCAAGUUAAAUGAAGUGACCUCCUCAUUUAUACCUUCAUCCACAUUGAUGGCCAUUCAUACGAAAACCACAUCUAUCAAGCCUGAAGAAAGAAAAUCUAAAAGUACCAAGCAAGUUCCAGGUGGUGAUACAUCCCAACCCUCCACCUCAGAGACGUCAAUCAUUGACAAGGCAGAGAAAAAAGGUUCACAAGACAGCAAAGUUGUGGCAGCAAUAAUAGGUUCAAUGCUGUCACUGAUGAUUGUGGGAUUUCUGCUCAUAUACAUCCGCAAACAUAGACUUCAGAAGGAGCAGACGGCUACUAGUUGGGCAGGUCCUUCGCCACUAUUGGAUGGGGAAGCUAACAAUGGCAAUGUGGUAUUGGGAUCAUCCAACCGAAUUUCCCUGACCAGUUUUCUGCCUCAAAGACUUUCAAAGACAUUCUCUUUACUUCCAGAAACAAAUGAGAUGACAGAUAUCACGUCAAGCGCCACAUUAGAAGAAAAACACCAAGGAAGCACCUUUGGUCAAGCUAUCGAUGGAAAUGAUGCACAGGAAAAAUAGUUUGCAGCUGCUGUUCUAGAAGAGAACACUGGAAGUGAAACUGAAGAGAUAGCUGUAAUGUCUGCCACAGAGAUCUCUUUAGUGAACCAACAGUUGUCCUCAGACACAGUCGUUCUGGUAUUUGGAGUUUUCAGCUUUCACGGAAAAACAAAAGGUGGCCAUACAUGGUCAUAAGGCCUCUUAUUAAUCUGAAAGCUGUAUGCAGUUAGUGUCCUGUCUGAGACUGGAUUUUGGGGCACUGUGAAAAUUUGUAUCAUGUUCCUUAAUCAAUAUUAAUACAGCUAUUACCUGGAUCAUUAUGAUCACAUCAGCACACAGAAACUAAACCUACAAAAUCAAAAAAUAUGGCUAUCAGAAAUUAUCUGAAUCUUUUUUUCUUGGGGAAUUUAUUUGGAUAGUACAAAAUGCAACUCCGUAUGUUUAGAUCUAUCUUGCACUUUAAUGAAAAGCAGAAGGAAGUGUUGUAAGAGGAACACACAGCAAGAUACAAUGUUGCCGACAUGCCACAUGCUUGAUUUGCUCUCCACACAGUAAUACAGAAUGCACUGUGAACAAAAGAUCUUCAAAACACCAUCAUGAGACCAUAUGCAAGGAAAUAUAAACUCAAUAAGCAGGAUAUCACAAAUGAGUUUAGAUUUAAGGACCUAGAAAACUAAAUAUGGAGUUUUUGAAUCAGGCAUUUCUUCUUUAACCACUUCAAGGUGUUUUAUAAUGCAACACAAAUGC